UUUACGCGAGUGGCGUAGCGCGGGAUGGGAGGGGUGGAGGCCAAAGGGUGGAAAGCGGCGCCUUUUUUUUAAAGAGGGUUUUACGACGCUCGGCGACGUGCUUGGCGGCCGCCCCCGGCAACACCCCCCCCUGGCGAGCAGCGCGAGGCCCGGUGGCAGGCUUUGGGUUUUCUUCAGCAGUCGUAGCCCUGCUUGCACAGAAUGGACCCUGUGGUCCUGAGUUACAUGGACAGUUUGCUGAGACAAUCGGACGUUUCUUUACUAGACCCUCCAUGCUGGCUUAACGACCACAUCAUUGGAUUUGCCUUUGAGUAUUUUGCCAAUGGCCAGUUCCGAGACUUCUCUGACCAGGCCUGCUUUGUGGGCCCAGAAGUGGCUCAGUUCAUCAAAUGCACCACUGACCAGGAGGAACUGGCCGUGUUCCUUGAGCCCCUGGGCCUGCUGCGCAAGAAAAUUGUGUUCCUGGCUAUCAAUGACAACUCCAACCAGGCAGCCGGUGGCACCCACUGGAGCUUGCUAGUGUAUUUCCAAGACAAGGACAGCUUUGCCCACUAUGACUCCCACAGCAGGUGUAACUCCGCGCAUGCCAAACAAGUUGCAAGGAAUUUGCAGUCCUUUCUUGGCAAGAGGGGCAAAGUUGCCUUUGUGGAGGAGAAGGCUCCAGUGCAGCAGAACAGCUAUGACUGUGGGAUGUAUGUGAUCUGCAACACGGAGGCCCUGUGCCAGGAAUUCUUCCAAGGGCAGCAGGAACCGGUACUUCAGCUCUUGACUCCUUCGUACAUCACAGGAAAGAGAGAAGAAUGGAAAAAACUCAUUGCUGGACUCUCCAAGAAGUGACAUGACUUUACAGCAAUUGGUCUUUUUUUUAAAAAAAAAAAUCUUGUUCUCUGUGCCUGAGAGGAGCACUUGUGCACAAGACUUCUUUUUCCCUACAGAAAAAAUGUACUUAUCUUUGCACUUCUUCUGCACUGCAUUAUUCUGCAGUGCUAAGCCCUGGGAAAUAGCGACGCCAUCUUCCCUACAGUUUGGAGCAGCUGCCGCUUAGCCUAACCUCUGUAUCCUCCCAAAUCCCCACGAUGCUCAAGUUGUGUGUGUGUGUGUGUGUGUGUGUGUGUGUGUGUGUGAUCCAGUUUCAGUAAUGUCAGUGGCAGAGACACAGCCUCUGUACAAUUACAGCAGCUUUCAGUGUCUCUCUUUCAGAAGCAUCCCUGAAUGUCUGGGAAUGGAGAUCAGAUUUUUAUACGGCUGUAAAAUUACUGUUACCGCUUGUAUCCAAAGCUUCAGUCUUAGGGCUGGGAAGCAGAGGUCCCUAAUUCCUGCUUUUUCUGAAAAGGAAGCGGGGUAAAGCUAUUUAUUGUGCGAAGUGUUUUGCCUGCCUCCAAUAACUAUAUGCUUUACUGUAGUGUGAGGAAGCCAAAUUAUUGUACAGUAUAGUUGCCUUGAAGGCAGGAGAGUCAGCUCCUCUUUAUUUCUAGCUCCAUCUCCGCCUCCUGUUUAUUUAACAUGGUAAGGAUUUUUUGUAAAGGUGCUGUACUUCUGAAUGAAUGAUAUGAUGAAACUAUUAAAGGGAAAGGAAUUUUCUCUUCAGUAUCUAGACCAGGGCCAUGGGGAUAUCCAUCUAUCCAUAUAUCUCUACAGAAACUGAAAUUUCUGCGUAUCACUUUGAGCACUUUGACCUAGAGAGUGCCUUAAUAGUGCACUGAAUCUAUUUCCCUAAAUUGUAUUCCGCUGGAGUGAAGUCCAGUAAGGCUUGGUUUUAAUCAGUUACCCAACAUUGCACCCUCGCAUUUCUGGAUAUGUAAUGGCAGGAGGACUUGAAGGUUUGGCGCAACGGAGAGCUGGAGUUGACUCACAUUCCUUGAAAAUUGCAGAUGCAGACAACUGGCUGGUGUGCCAGUGGUUCUGUAGAAAUUCAGCAACACGUUAGGAGAAAGGUUGUUAUAGCCAAUGAAGCAGUGGAUCAGUACUCAUCCAUUUCUCAAGCCUCUUCCAUGGUUGUGCGAUGUAAAUUUGCUUCCUUCUGCUGAACAUUUGGCUGGGCUGAAAAAAAGUAACCUAUUUUGUUUGGUAACGUGCCAAUCCAGGUGGUAUAACCUUACAGCCUAUAUUAUCUGAGGUCGUUUCCCCCACCACCACCCCCGCAUUAAAUCUUGUUUUAUUGAUUCCUGAUGGAUGCUGCCUCAGCAACGAUCCUUUUUCAAAACGCUGCACAAGGAGCAUCUUCAACAGGAUUUAAGUAACAAAUUCAGUUGUUUUACCGUAUGUUGAAACUGUUGGUCAGAAGCACUUGGUAAUUUCCCUUAUUUGCAUAAUUGCAUUAUGUUUGGGAAAAACCUUCGGUCAAAAAUUAAAAAGAAAACCUCUGAAAAGCGAUGCUCGGUGGCAUUAAGUCUUAUUUUGUUUCCAUACAAUUGUUGAAUUGUGG